ACGAGACCCUAAGAACAGCCCCCACCUCCAGAACAAAGCCACGCAUGAGUGACAUGCAUAGAAUAAAUUUAAGCCAUACAUAGUUGGCCUCCAGGAUCCAUUCUGUCCAACUCCACUUCGGUGUUCAAUGAAAGCAAACCCCAAUGACUAACCCUCUGAUGCAAUCAAUCAAAAUGCCUCAAAAAGAAAAAGGCCUCACUAUCUGCCUCACCUCCAAAAUGUCUCCCCACCCCAAACUCCAACGUGGCAUGACAAAGGACACUCCAACGGAUUUGUAAAGGAAUCGAGGUGUCAUGGCAGUAGAGACAGACAGCUCAGGUAACAUAUCCAUGCCGACAAGGGAAGGCAGCCUGCAAUCGGGUAAUAUUUUCCUACACCCACACCUCGCCGAUCUAAGGCGUACCCCAUUCACAGAAAGCUCCCAUGACCUCAAGAUCAGAGAAAGAAGGGUCACUUCAAGAAUGAGAGAGAGUAAAAACAGCGCAGAUCGUCGUAUCUGCAAACGCCCCGACUCAACGAGCUAAUGCAACUAUGACCCCAACUGAAUGGUCCGAUAGUAGGAAGGCAAAUCUUCAUCCCCCAGUGGGGUGCCCAUCAACCUCUGUCCAAGCUUGCCUCAUCCAUGUGUAAUAGCCUUGCUUUUUAUUCUUUCUUUCUUUUUUCCGUUAUCCUAGUCAGCAGACGCUUAAUGUCAUGCGUGGCUGAGGGGCAUGGAUGGGUAGGUGGGGUCUCUGAACUGUAUGACGACAGCUAGCUUGUAAAUAUGUCUGGAUAUGCUGUGCCCUGAAGCUAUAUAAACUCCCUCUUUUCCUCCUCCACUCGAGUUACUUGUCAGUCAAGACAAUCACUCUCUGAGAAUCUAGAUCAGUCUAUCUUCUCUACAUUCCUUCGCACAACCCAGUUCAUACCAAUCCCUCAAUCAGUCACCAUGUCUCCCUGCACCUGCAACUGCUGCUCCGGCGAGUGCAACUCUUGCUCUUGCUCUGAUUGCAAGGCAUGUACCCUCCUACCUACCCAAUAUCUAUCCCUCAUCCAGUAAUAGAACUGAAAACUAACAAUCCAACCAGCACUAAAUGCGUCAUAUCACC